AGUCAAUCAAUGACCAUGUUACUCUCCAAAAAGUUCUACAUAGAGGUAUCUCUAUUCACUCAAUAUACUCUGUGCACACUUCUCACUACCAUCACAGUGACUGGAUCCGGCCACACACCUAAUAAAGCUACAACCGCCAACAUCGACGCCCGUGAGAAGUCCGAGCAUACACCCAAAGCCCACGACGUUAGGGAACGCCACCAGAAUACCGACGGCGUAGCCCAUUCACAGCCUGGCUCAAGCCCCGAUGAUACCCGUAUCCGUGAACAGGCCCAUCGUCUGAUCCAGGUCUACUGCGCGGCCAAGAAAGAAUAUGACGACGAAAAGCAUCGCGAAGGAGUGCAUGAUCUGAGCUUAGUCCGAUAUCUACGAGACACAGCCGAGAAUACGCUUCUAUAUCUCCAGGGUAAUGGCAUGUCGGACUAUCCGUUCAUCCAGGAUAUCGAGAACUCUUUCAAGAUGGCAAAGGAUAAAGCCGCCCAGCUGUCUGGUGGUCGGGGACGCCGUUUCGACGAGCCUCGUGAGCCCAGGUACCCUCCCAAACACAAGCGGAGACGAGGGGUGGAUUCUUAUCGGCCACGGGAUGAGUGAUGGCUAAGUUGGGUGGGAUUCAGUUGUAUUGGAGAAGGCGAAGACGGGAAAGUUC